AUGGAAUUUAAAGGUCAAAUUCAAGAAGAUGAAUUUCAUCAUCCUUAUAAGCCUUAUUCCAUUCAACUAGAAUUUAUGCGGGCUUUAUACAAUGCGAUUGAAAACAAAAAGAUUGGAAUCUUUGAAUCUCCAACCGGCACUGGUAAAAGUCUUAGCUUACUAUGUGCAUCGUUGACGUGGUUAGAGAAAAAGGGAGAUUUGCAUAUGGAAACGGAUGAAGCUGAAGAAAGAACAAGCGAUUCUGGUUCUUCGAAGCAUGCCAUUCCUGACUGGGUGAUUAUGCAGGAUCAAGAGUUGCAGGUAGACCAGGCUAAAAGCGCACAUGCAUAUUUGGAGAAGCGACUCGAAGGGGUCCGCGAGAAGAAUCGAAAAGAAAAGUUUAUUCAGGAAAAUAGCUUCAGACUCCAAAAGGAUGCUCGUAAGAGAGCUACACCCGCCGAUAUCACGAAUUCCUCAACAACCCCUUUAGCAAAGUCAAGCAAGAUUGCUCCGGCAACUGAUGAGUCGUUAGAGGAAUUUGUGGUUUCCAAUGAUAUUUCUCUUCAAGAUGAGAGUGAAGAGUCAGCUCAUGCUUUGCAGAAAGGCUACAGCUCCAAAGUAAUGGAUCUACUUCAUCGUUUACUUCCAGAAGAUGAAAAACUACCAACUGUUCAAAAGAUUUACUUCUCUUCGAGAACUCAUUCACAACUCCGACAAUUUGUACAAGAGGUACAAAAAUUAGACACAUCAAAAAUUUCUACCCCUAUACGGGUAGUGUCGCUGGCUUCGAGAAAAAACUUAUGCAUCAAUCCCAAAGUUCAAAAGCUGUCACCAACAUCCGCAGUGAACGAAAAGUGCAUUGAAUUACAAGGGACUUCCGAAAAAUGCCCUUACAUGAAGGACGAUACCCGGAUUUGGGAUUUUCGCGAUGAAGUUCUCGCUGAAGUAAUGGAUAUCGAAGACAUGGUUGGUUUAGGACAAAAAAUGCAUGUCUGUCCGUAUUAUGGAGCAAGGGAAGCAGUCAAUUCUUCUCAAAUUGUAACAUUACCAUACCCGUUGCUUUUGCAGGAAUCUGCUCGUAAUUCGCUCAACCUUCCUUUGAAAGAUAAUAUCUGCAUUAUCGAUGAAGCACACAACAUUAUUGAUGCAAUUUGCUCUAUGCAUUCUUCCUCUAUUUCCUACAAGCAAGUAAGCAUGGCAGAGUUUCAGCUAGAGCAAUAUUUGAAUCGCUUCAGCAAACGGCUUAACGGCACAAAUAAAAUGCAUGUUCGGCAGUUGAUGAAGGUUGUUGGAGAGCUAAAGAAAUUUCUUGAAAAAAAUAUAAAACAAAACUCUACCAACAGAGUAUUGCUGAUUUCUUCGAUGUUUGUGUCGCAAUCUUCAGAUCAAGUGAAUUUGCAUCAUUUAAUUGAGUAUCUGUCUGUUUCAAAACUUGCAAGGAAGGUGGAUGGGUAUUCAAAGUUUCUGUCUAGAUCCAAAGAAAACGUGUUGGACGAAGAAUCACACGAGUCUGAGAUAAAAAAGAGGGAAGCAAAAGGCAACAGCGAGCAAGAAGAUAAAUAUACCCCUGUUUUGAUGCAGCUUGAAUCCUUCCUUUCUGCGAUAGCGAAUCCGUCGCCUGAAGGAAAGCUAUUUUACGAAGCACAGGAUUCCUCGAAUGCAUUUUUGAAAUACAUGCUUCUUGAUCCAUCCAAGCAUUUUCAAAGCCUGACGGACCAAUGCCGCUCCGUUACAUUGGCAGGAGGAACAAUGUCACCAUUAGACGACUUUAUCGAAUUAUUGUUUUCGGAAUCCAAAAGUCGGAUUGACGAAUUUUCUUGCGGGCAUAUUGUACCGAAAGAAAACGUUUUGACGUUGUUGCUCUCGAAAGGGCCUUCGCAAGUACCAUAUGAGUUUUCCUACCAAAAUCGCACCAGAGAAGAUUUGACGAGAGAGCUUGGGAGAACGCUGGUAAACUUUACUUCACUGGUCCCCGAUGGCGUGGUUGUGUUUUUCCCGAGUUUUUCGUAUUUACAAUUUAUCACGGACGUUUGGAAGAAUGACGGUAUCUUGGAAAGGCUUCAAAAGAAGAAGCCGGUGUUUGUAGAAUCAAAGGAUCACAGCGAAAAAACGCUGAAAUUGUUUGAUGAAUAUAGCGAAAUGGUGGAAGCUGGCCAUGGAGGACUCUUGUUUUGUGUGAUUGGGGGACGCUUGUCCGAAGGCAUCAACUUUUCAGAUCGUUUGGGAAGAGCAGUUGUCGUGGUAGGAAUGCCAUUUCCAAAUGCACACGAUAUCGAAUGGCAAACAAAAGUUGCGUAUGUGGAAGAAAAGGUACGGUCAAAAGGACGAAACGCGAAACAGGCAGCACAACUGUUUUACGAAAACACAUGUUUACGAGCAGUGAACCAAAGUAUUGGAAGAGCCAUUCGACAUCAAAGAGACUAUGCAUGCAUUCUUCUGUUGGAUCAUCGUUACAAUAGGCCUAGCAUACGAAGCAAACUGCCAGGAUGGUUACAAGAACAUUUGGAAGUUCCCAGCCAAUUUGGACAUGCCAUUCGUCAGGUGUCUAUGUUUUUUCGAACAAAAAGGCAGACCAAAGAAUGA